AAAAAUCCCCCUCACCACAAAACCACUCACCCCAAUAAUAACCAAAAGAAAGAAACAAAACAACAUGUUCAGAGAAGCCCUCGCCUUCCCCCCUUCAAACCGCACAUUCUUAGAACCCCAUCUCCCACCUAAAAAUGAAACCGAACCCCUCAAACCCAACCUCCCCUUUACAACCCUCACAUUCGCAACCUCCCUAGACAGCUCUCUAGCUCUGGCCCCAGGAACCCGGACCACCCUCUCCGGCCCACAGUCAAAAGCCAUGACACAUUAUCUCCGCUCCCGACACGACGCCAUCCUAAUCGGUGUCGGGACAGCAGUAGCCGAUAACCCAGGACUAAACUGCCGGAUCGAGGGUGUCGGGGGCUACGGCGGGGAAGGGUUAGACGGCCAACCGAGACCGAUUGUCCUUGAUCCCCGUGCUCGAUGGGAAUUUACUAAGGAAUCGAAGAUCCUGGAGCUAGUAAGAGAGGGGAAAGGCCGUGCGCCCUUUAUCAUUACUUCUACUGGGACGGUCCCGUCUGCUGAGAAGAGGACUUUGUUGGAGUCUCAUGGGGGGAAGUUCAUUCCUCUUGAUCUUCUGGUUGAUGGGAAUGGGGAGAGGAGGUUGGAUUGGACUGCUGUGCUUGAGUGUCUCAGGAAUGAAGGGUUGAAGAGCGUCAUGAUUGAGGGAGGUGGGACGGUUAUCAAUUCGCUUCUUGAACCGGGGUGGGCGCAUCUGGUUGAUUCGGUUAUUGUUACUAUUGCGCCGACUUGGUUGGGGCAGGGGGGUGUUGUUGUGUCGCCUAGACGCAGGGUUGAGGGAGGUGAGGUAGUGCCGGCGGCGAGAUUGAGGGAUGUUAAGUGGUAUCCUUUUGGGGAGGAUGUGGUGCUUUGUGGGAGGCUUUAGGAUGGGCUUUUUGAAUCAUGAUGGCUUAGGAUUGUGGUCUAUAGAGAGUGAGGAUAUCGGUGCGAGGCACGAUCAAUCUGAUAGGGAUUGAAUAAAUUAUACCUGGUCACCUGUGCAUGAUCAA